AAUAGUGUUACUAACAUUACAGAUGCCUAUCCUACCGAAGGUCCAUUGGUGCUCGUCGCUCCCGAGCUAACAAAUCCCAGCAAGGUGAGACUUCUACACUUUCCCAAUGGUGCCGUGCUCGUGAACUCGGAAGUCAAUUUCAUAAUCAAACGCAAUGGUGUGAAAGGCAAUUUUGAAGUUAAGGUCGAAAGUCCAUCUGGCAUAAAUAGUGUGAUGCCUCUACAAAUACUUGAUCCUGAACGUUUGAAUGUCAACUUUAAUCUAAAUGAGGCGGGCCUCUAUAAAGUACACAUCAAAUGCAAUUCCGUGCCAUUACCCAAAUCACCGUUUAUCAUAAUUUCCAUUUGUGGAGAAGCUGAGGGCAAUGCUCGCAAAAUGGAAUUGCCCAUUUUCAAAUCAGAUGCCAAUUGCGUGACCCAUCGCGGACUUGGCCUAACACACAUUUCUCUCGAUGACCGGAACGAAUUUACUGUUGAUGGCUCGGCGGCGGGCAACAAUAUGCUGUUCGUUGGCAUAUUCGGACCGAAAGGACAGUGCGAUGAGGUUGUCAUUAAGCAUAUGGGAAAUAAUGUUUAUAAAAUUACAUAUGAGGUGCGUGAUCCAGGCAAUUAUCUCGUAGUGGCCAAAUGGGGCGAAGAGCAUAUACCCGGUUCGCCAUUCCAAUUGAGUGCAAAUUAAUGUGAGAGCAUAAUCGCAAACAUAUACAAAUUACGUGCUUACAUUUGUAUGUACAUAUGUAGUUGCCAUUAUUUCCGUGCCUUUCCUAUACUUCAGUAUGUUUACCAAUUAUAUCUUUGUACUUAAUCUAAUUUUAGUGAAUUAAUGUUCUCUUCAGUAGAUAUGUAUUUAAAUAAAAAUAAAUGCAUCAAAAUUUAAUA